AUGGCACCGAUGUCGAAGAAACCUCGUGGUUUAUCUCAAACGAAAUGUCAGAAGGUUUGGUGUUAUUUACUUCAGACGAAGGCAGGCAAAUUUUCUUCGAAUCCGGAAACGCCGGGUACCUUAACAGCUACUUCGAAUUGUCCCAGAACUUUUUAACCUCAUUCGAUCCGAGUUUUAGUUGCGGUCUUGCGACACUGACGAUGUGCUUGAACACCUUUCGCGAGGACCCGUGUAGGGUAUGGAAAGAUAUUUAUAGAUGGUAUGCACAGACAAUGCUGGAACACUGUGUACCUUAUAAGAUGAUAGUGGGUAAUGGUAUUGUGUUCCAGCAGUUUGCGUGCAUGGUCGAAUGUAAUUAUCUUACGGUGGCUCUGGUACGCAACCUCAAACCCACUGCAUCGGUGGACGAGUUUCGCGCGCUUUGCAAAAGGACAACAUCGCGAAGGUGUGACGAGAUUUUAGUAGUUUGCUAUCACAGGAAUGGUCUCGACCAGGAAGCCACGGGGCAUUUUUCCCCAAUCGGGGGUUACCACCCGGAGAAAGAUUUAGUUUUGGUGUUCGAUGUGUCCAGGUAUAAAUAUCCGUUACACUGGGUGCCGAUAAGACGACUCUGGGGAGCGAUGGCGCUAGAUGAUGACGUCACUGGUAAGUAGUAUAUGGAAGGCAUGAAGUACGGUUGGUCUGGCGAGUUCUCAUUCACAAUGGUAUUUUUCCGAUAAAUUAGGCCCCGUUUACAUGAGACUAGGACGAAGUCAAACUGGAAUGAAAAUUGAAAUUGUCAACAUGUUUACAUGAGACCGGUACGAAAAUCACAAAAUUUUCAAUUUAUUCCCUUGCCAGGCAAUCUUAAUGAAAAUUGAAAUUGUCAACAUGUUCAAACGAGACCGGUACGAAAAUCACAAAAUGUUCAAUUUAUUCCCCUUGCCAGGAAAUUUUCUUUUUUAGAUGGCUCUUAAUUGUUAGCAUGUGUUGUUCCAAUGUCAAGGUUACAGCCGAGACCGGUCUGAAAUGUAUUUGUGUUUACAUUCAUCACAGUCGGAAUUCAUGCCGGUCUGAAGUCAGUCGAUAGGCGGCCCAUUAAAUGUUGUUAAUAUACAUAAAUACUGCAGUAAAAAGUGUUACAAAAAGUCAGAACAUCUCAAAUUAGCGAACUGCUUAUUAAAUACAGGAUUAUUUAAAGAUAAUCACUUCCUGUGACCAUACCUGCGACUUAUUGCACGGACAGCGAUAUGACGUAUACGUCAUAUUCUACUACAGGAGCCAAAGUACCGGAGGAAAAAAUCUUUGGUGGUUAGCUAUAUACAUCAAAUAUUUCUGUUAUUGUCUACGCAGGUAAUCCCAGAGGCUACUAUGUUUUACGUAAGAGAUCAUCCUUGGACAAGCCUCCCCUACUGUUUAAGACUGUCAGUUCAGAAGAUUCCCCAACCUUUCAUAAAGGAUGGUUAAAGUUCUUCAAUACUGUUCUGAUGCCUUGGCAUUGUUGGAUGAAGAGUCUGGCUGCUCCAACCAGUACUAGGGAGGCAUUGAUAGAGGUUAUCAGGAAAUUAUUGAAGUUUAUGAUGAGUUCAAAAUGUACAGGUAUAUAAAGCAAUUGUUUGUAUGUUAUACCGUAGACACUUGCAACUAUGCAAUACUAAUACGAAAACUUCCUAAGUUCAAAUUGGUUAAAUUUGGUAAAAUUUGGAUGAAAAUUAGAUGAGACAUACAUACAUAACGUAAUUCACCAAUUCACUAUUUCACCUCUAGUUUCCUAUUGUGAAAUGGCGUAGGUUUUUCGUGAUGCUUCGCAUAUUAUUUGCUCAAAUACGCCAUGUACUAUAAACUGGAAAAACGAUGCGUUAUACUAAUUUUCAUUUUUCGUGACGUUCUCAGGAAUGGAUCACCUUGAUGGAAUUCAUAUACGUUUGGAGUUUAUGAACGCUGAUCUUUCGUCACACAAGAAAUGUCUAGUUUGCAAAGUUCGCGAAACAAUAGAGGAUUGCAUUUUGUGGGAAUACGUGCGAGAACAGAUUGUGGAAGAAAAGGAGCGAAAGAAUGAACAACACGAACAACAUCAACGACACGAACAACAAGAUCAACGACACGAACAACAACAUCACGAACAAGAACAACAACACGAACAACAACAUCAACGACACGAACAACCACAUCAACGACAUGAACAACAUCAACAAAACGAACAACAACCACCACAACACAACCAUCGACAUUAUCAGCAUCAACAAGUAAUGUGUCUUUGCUGGUCAAAGCUAACCGACGGCGUUUCUGAAAACAAACCAACACAUUCAACAAUUACGUGUUGUAACGUACACAUUCAACCGUCGUCGUGUCAUUUACGACGUUUCAAUCUUGCCCAUUACAUUGUAAUGAUUUUACUGUCCUGGCCUUACGAAUUAGACGAUAAAAAUAACCACAAAAUCAGCAAUGGGGUAUGUUCUGCAAUGAAUCACGUGGUCUCGACAGAAUUAUCGAACAUGGAUGAGGUAUUGGAAGAUGAAGUGGUCAAUGUUAGAAACCGUUUCUCAAAAACACAACUCGCCAUACGGUAAACCUUCGCACAAGAGGAAAGAUCGGUGUAAGAGGACAGCAGAUUGUGGUUAACUUCAGAAAUAUGAGUGAGCUUUAGUGGGAUAAUUCAGUGACUGAUCCUGAGCUUAAAGGCACAAUUCAGCCUUUUGAAUGAUGGUUUUUAAGGCGCAUUUCAGCCCUUUUAAUUGAAAAAACUAACUAGGAAAAUCAAUUACGCAUUAUUCAAGAUCAGCAAACUUACUGUUCUUAACAUUUUAAAACAUUUUUAUUGUAAACAUUAAGUUUACUGAUUUUGAAUUAUGUAUAAUUGAUUUUCCUAGUUGGUUUAACAGGGCUGAAAUGCGCCUUAGCAAGCGAUGUUUUUGUCAACAUGGACCGUCAUCCGAAAAUUGGUAUGCUAAUUUUGGAGGCAUUUUGCAUCAUAGCGCUCGGUUAAGGAAGCAAAAAACUUCAAAAAUCUUGCAUUUUAUCAGAUCAUAGUCUAUCAAGAUAGGAUGGUCUGGAAACUAAACACAAGUCAUUGUAUUAUGUUUUUGUCGGAGUUUAUGUUAAUUUGUGCACAGUCACGGUGAUUGAGCUCAUUGUAUUUUCGUAUAAUGAAGUAAUCAUUCAAAAGGGAUAGCUGAGAUGAAACGUGCAACCACAAUGAAUAUUUAAUGAAGUUGAGACAAAGGAUUUGUGCAUGGUGAGAUAUAGUUCAACAUCAAACAAAGGUCUUCUAUUUUGUAGCUUUGAAGUUUGCCGGGUUUCCAGACCAUCAUAUCUUGACUGAAGCCCCGUUUACAUUACGCUCAAUUUUUGGUACGGCACGGAUAAAAUUGGUACCCGUACCACUUUUUUGGUUCUGGGACUGCCUAUUUAGGUAGUCCAAGAACCAAAAAGUGGUACGGUACCAAAUAUUGAGCGUAGUAUAAACGGGGCUUAGCUAAAUAGGUAGUCCAAGAACCAAAAAAGUGGUACGGGUACCAAUUCUAUCCGUGCCGUACCAAAAAUUGAGCGUAGUGUAAACGGGGCUUUAUUGUCUACAUGUCUAUUACAUGGACAAGAAUGGCAGGGACACCACAACAGUGUAACCCAAUUACUGUGGGCCCAGAGUACCCUAAUAUUCGGGUAUUGUGGUUUUCCCAACAAGAGAUGGCCAACAACUGAACAAAGAUUUAUGUAUUCACUUUCAGGGUGUUCUCAGUCUUAAGAAUACAAGCUUCGAGCCGCGAUAUGUUCUGAUACUGCCCGAGACAGCUCAGGUAAGUACGGAUGAUUGUGGCGUGUUCUUGUAGAUCUGCGUUUGACAGGAACUAAGAUCAAACAACAGAAUUAACUUCCUGACAAAGGAACGUCGAAGUUCUUCUAACUUGUUAGGGUGUCCAUGUGCCUUGGAAAUCCUGGAAAGUCCUUGAAUUGGGAAAAAAAUUCCAGGACUGGAAAGUCCUUGAAAAUCAGUAAAGUCCUUGAAAGUCCUGGAAUUACAGUAAUUUCCUUAACCUCCAGCUGUGCCAGCAAUAGUGAGUUUGAUUAAAAUUACUGAAUAAAGUGAAUUAUUUGCUGGGCAAAUUGUGCCAUUUUCAAACAUUUUUCCCAGUUCUAGGUCCUUGAAUUUACUGAAAAAGGGCCUUGAAAGUCCUGGAAAAGUCCUUAAAUUUCCUGGAAAAGUCCUUGAAUUUCACCUUCAUCAAAGGGUGGACACCCUGACUUGUAUUUUUCACGUAGUUGUAUCCCUAACCAAUCCGUAGCUUUCUGAAUCAAUCUAUUGUCUUUUCCUUGUAGGAACAUGAACGUAGACUACGUGAACACUCUCACUAUUCUGAAUCGUUGAUUGCUCGAGCUUUAGAUCGUGUUGAAAUGUACGCUGAUGUGAACAGAGAGAAACCUGGAUUCUUUGAUAUGACCUUUGUUAGUGGUAAGCAAACAUAUCUCUAUUUUUUCAUAGUUAACGGUUACACUGAAUACCUUGGAUCUCAACUUUUCACGUUUAGUCCUACCUACCUAAACUUACUGUAUUUAUACUGGGUAGCUCCAUCAGUUCUAAACUGUUCUUCCUAGAGGUCCAGUAAGGAUCAUCUCGUAUAUAUUGAUGCAGUGUUACUACAGGAGGAAACCUAAACUAAAGUAACUUUAUUUAUACUGGAUAGCUCUAUUAGUUCUAAACUGUUCUCCCUCGAGGCCCAGUAAGGAUCAUCUCUUAUUGAUCCAGUGUUGCUACAGGAGGAAACCUAAACUAAACUAACUUUAUUUAUACUGGAUAGCUCUAUCAGUUCUAAACUGUUCUCCCUCGAGGCCCAGUAAGGAUCAUCUCUUAUUGAUCCAGUGUUGCUACAGGAGGAAACCUAAACUAAACUAACUUUAUUUAUACUGGAUAGCUCUAUCAGAAUUUUUAUUUUUCGAUACAAAGUUCCUUAUUUUCUUCAGACGAUCUUCAUGAACUGUACAGAAAACUAAAAAUGCUAGUCUUGGAUUACCUCGGUCUUUCACCGACAGCCACGACUGAUUCCGAGUUCAUCACGAACAGCUUUACUGAUUUAUCAAGUGGCUCGAGGGGAUCCGAAUGUCCGAGAGGUUCCGAAGUCAGUACGGUGACUACGACGGCAUCCCGAGCAUGGUCUCGACCAAGAUCGGAUAUCUCGAAUGGUUUCGUGAAGACCAAUCUGAGUUUUCAAAGUUCCAAGAUUUCAUCUGUAGAGCAAGCGUCGAUGGAAAGACGUCGCACGUUAGCUAAAGCUGCUCUGGCAGGGAUCCCUUAUGUCUCCAAAGAACAGCUAAAUAGCUUAGGGUAAGUGAGAUUUUGGAUGCCAUGAGGAGGGGGGCGAGGGGCAGGGACAGCCCCCUGGAUACUGAGGGAAAACAUUGGGGAGGAUUCCUUCUCUCUUAGAAAAAGUUGAAUACCAUGGGGUAAUGGUAUAAACUACCUUUGACAUUUUGAAUGAAGGUCCUUUGAAAGGAGUUUAAUAGUCAUGACUGCAUAACUCAGGGAGAUCAUUAGCCAAGCUUGCAGACUGCAGUGGAUAUUUAUAUGGAGCUACGCAAGGGGCGCUUUCCAUUAACACGGCAAGACCGGUCAAAUUGUUGAAUGGAACACAAAACAUUUGGGCUUCGGACCUAUCUGACCGGAAGAUUCAGAUAACAUUAAAAUGAGGUCCAUUUUCACUAGAUAUUUGAGAAACAUAGACCAUGUCUUUCCAUUGAUACAGAGAAAAGAAUUCGGGUCUGACCGGUCAGGCCAUUAAAUGGAAAGCGCCCAAGGAUUCUUGGAGUUGUCAUUCAGUACCUCCAGGCCCAGUUUUCAAAAGAAUUUGAAUUCAAAAGGCAGUGGAGCUGGCUGUCUAAACCAGGAGGUACUGAAUGACAACUCCAAAAAUCCUUGCCUACCUCCACAUAAACUGCAAGCUUGGCCAAUAAUCUUAAGUGCUGGGUUCCAAUGUAGGUAUAAAGAAUCAAUAUCUUACCGCGUAGUUUUACCUUGCAGACGUUCAGAUGCAGAAAGUCGACAGAUCAACGACAAUUUCUCAACAUUGCUCAAACUCACACGAUCUCUCUCUGCUCCAGUGGACCUCAGUCACUUCUCAUUGUUGGUGAACGCCUCGUGUACCCUCAGUACAGACCCACAGCAAUCUCGGGAUGACAUAAGGUAUGUUGAAGUACGGCCCGAUUUCUACAGGCCAAUUUACACCACACAAUUUUUACCUAAUACUGUCGCAUGCAACCUGCUUACAACUUGAGUUGUACUGUGUAAAUCAAGCACACAACUCGUCUACGUUGUUAAAACCAUUUAUUUUUUGCUCUUCCAAAAAUUUAACUAAACAUCGUAAAUUACAGAUCGGACUUCGACUCCGACUCAGAAUCGGGUGGCUCGAGCGCGACCCCAUCGUCGGCACGAGCGUUCUCUCCGAACAUUGACCGACCAGAUUCCGACGUUUCACGAGAGGGCUCGAUAUCGCCAGCAUCGCUAGGCACAUUUCAAGGUUCAACACCAGUCCGUGAGGAGCUGUUGGGGAACGCGAUAUAG